UUUGGAAUGUCACACGCUGGGAAUGGAGAAGGACGGUGAUUAGAGGAAGGGGCUCCUCAUACAUGUAUAUACAGGACACACAGAACAUUGCGGAGCACAGCGAGUAAUAGAGUAAUUAGUACUCGGCAGGCGGGGCAGAGAGGACAUCGGGCAUGGCGACUGAUGAAGGCGCUGGAGGAGCUCGCAAGGCAACUAAGAGCAAACUCUUUGAAUUCCUGGUACACGGAGUGCGCCCUGGGAUGCCCUCUGGGGCCCGCAUGCCUCAUCAGGGUGCUCCUAUGGGCCCCCCAGGACCCCCAUUUGGUGGAAGCCCAACUGUUCGUCCAGGAAUCCCACCUACAGUAAUGGAGCCUACCAGAAAACGCUCAGCUCCGCCCCAAGUUCAGCAGCAAACGCCCUCGCAGGGGCGGAGCCGAAGCGCAAAGAGAAGGAAGAUGGCGGACAAGAUCCUUCCACAGCGGAUUCGAGAAUUGGUUCCCGAGUCUCAGGCUUAUAUGGACCUCUUGGCAUUUGAGAGAAAAUUGGACCAAACCAUAAUGAGGAAACGUGUUGAUAUCCAAGAAGCCUUGAAGAGACCUAUAAAGCAAAAGCGAAAGUUGCGGCUCUAUAUUUCUAACACAUUUAAUCCUGCAAAGCCGGAUGCUGAAGAUUCGGAUGGAAGCAUUGCAUCGUGGGAGUUACGUGUGGAGGGGAAGCUACUGGAUGAUCCCAGCAAGAUGAAGCGAAAGUUCUCAUCGUUCUUUAAGAGUUUAGUCAUCGAGUUGGAUAAAGACUUAUAUGGACCUGACAAUCAUCUGGUGGAGUGGCACAGGACUCCAAGUACGCAAGAGACUGAUGGGUUUCAGGUGAAGCGACCAGGAGAUGUUAGCGUGCGCUGUACCUUACUGCUGAUGCUGGACUACCAGCCCCCACAGUUUAAACUGGACCCUCGUCUCGCCCGUCUCCUGGGAAUUCACACCCAGACACGGGCGGUGAUUAUCCAGGCGCUCUGGCAAUAUAUAAAGACAAAUAAGCUUCAGGAUUGUCACGACAAGGAGUAUAUCAGCGGGGACAAGUACUUCCAGCAGAUAUUUGACUGUCCAAGGUUAAAGUUCUCGGAGAUCCCGCAGAGACUGACAAACCUGCUACUUCCACCAGACCCUAUUGUCAUCAACCACAUUAUCAGUGUGGACCCCACCGACCAGAAGAAGACUGCUUGCUAUGACAUUGACGUGGAGGUGGAGGACCCUCUCAAGAGUCAGAUGAGUAGUUUUCUGCUGUCCACAGCUAACCAGCAAGAGAUAUCAGCACUGGAUAACAAGAUCCAUGAGACGAUCGAAUCAAUUAAUCAACUGAAGAUCCAGCGAGAUUUCAUGCUGAGCUUCUCUAGAGAUCCAAAGGGAUAUAUCCAGGACUGGCUGCUCUCUCAGAGCCGAGACCUGAAGAUUAUGACGGAUGUGGUGGGAAACCCAGAACAGGAGAGGAGAGCGGACUUCUACCAGGAGCCCUGGUCCCAGGAGGCCGUCAGCCGGUACUUCUACUGCAAGCUGAUUGCAGAGAGGCCGAACCACAAGAUGGAGCUCUCCUGCACAAAGACUAUGGAUCUGCAGAAGUUCCUGGUCAGCGUCAUGAUGGUCCUGUGGAAGGGUCUUCUAAAUCACCUGUUUCCUCUGCGGGAAAUGCAGCCGCGUAUCCUCAGAAAGGUCAUACGAGAAGAGGGCCAAGCUGCUAGUAGCACCAUACUGAACAAGUCAGUUGUGAUACAUGGACAUUCCCAGGAUGCACCUCGAUCUAUUGGGGUGUCAUCUUCAAAGACCGGGACAAUUUCACCAUCGUAA